GCAUUUGCAUUUAUAUUCUCAUCCUUCUCCUCUGCAUAUAUAAAUACUCGCACAACUCCAAAGUGUUGUCUCAUUCAUCACAAUAAUCAUAAAAAAUAACUUUUAAGCUCGAGAGGGAGAGAGAGAACAAAGAAAAAAAAAAGAGAAGAGAUGGAAGAGACAAAAUCAAGAUUCAAUAGGAUCUGUGUCUUCUGUGGAAGCAGUUCCGGCAAAAAACCUUCUUACCAAGAAGCUGCCAUUGAAUUGGGUAACGAGCUGGUGGAAAGAAGGAUUGAUUUGGUAUAUGGAGGUGGCAGCGUGGGGCUUAUGGGUCUCGUCUCUCAGGCUGUUCAUCAUGGUGGUCGGCAUGUUCUAGGGGUCAUCCCAAAAACCUUGAUGCCAAGAGAGAUAACCGGUGAGACCAUCGGGGAAGUGAAAGCCGUCGCUGAUAUGCAUCAAAGGAAAGCUGAAAUGGCUCGACAAGCCGACGCCUUCAUUGCUCUUCCUGGUGGAUAUGGUACGUUGGAAGAAUUGCUGGAAGUCAUUACAUGGGCUCAACUCGGAAUCCACCGUAAGCCGGUGGGUCUUCUUAACGUGGAUGGUUACUACAACUCGCUGUUAACGUUUAUCGACAAGGCCGUGGACGAAGGAUUUAUAUCCCCAAUGGCUCGUAGAAUCAUCGUCUCUGCACCAAACGCUAAAGAGUUGGUUCGACAACUCGAGGAAUAUGAACCUGAGUUCGAUGAGAUAACGUCAAAAUUGGUUUGGGAUGAAGUGGACCGGCUCAGUUAUGUACCGGGUUCGGAGGUUACUACGUGAGCAAUUUAACCACAUUAUGGGGGAAGUUUUUCUUGGGUAAAAUCAGUCGGUGUACAGCGGAAUUGAAACUUUCAUAACGUCAGAAGGAAAGGUCGGGAAGGAGACAAAAGUAUUGGGGUCGUUUAAGUAGCAUUAUUUUGUAAGGGGGGCUUAAUGUGUGAAGUGGAUAAACCACGUGGGUAACUACUAACCGCGUAUAUACCAAACCCCAUCUUCCCCAUUUGUCUUUUGUACAUUUUGGUUAAUGCCAUGGUUAAGGAAAAAAAAGGAUAGGGCCUAUAUCAAGAAAUGACAAAACCAUCCUUUUCUUUAGGAUAUUUUAUAAUUUUAUAGUUGUCUUUGAGUAUAUGAAAUACUAGUGGUUUGCCCGCGCUUCGCGCGGGAUUUUUAUCAUUUAUACAAUUUUAUUGUGAACUUUGUUGUUGAAUAUAAUUUUUUUUAUUGUAAAUUAACUAUUGGAGCUGCUA